CAUUAUACUAAUUAAAAAAAUUUAGGAGCUUACAUAAAAGUGAAGUAGUAAUUAAAAAUGUUUAAUCAAAGAUGGAACAGUGAUUAUGUUCAGCUUCGUGAAGCGAUAAAAAAGAGAGACAAAGUAACAGCUCUUAAUUUAAUUCUAAACAAUGCAAAUGUCAAUCUUCCUCAUGCAAGAGGUGCUAGCCCUCUUCAUUGGGCAAUUAUUAAGUUCGACGAUUUAGAGAUUGUAACAAUGUUACUUAAUAAAGGAGCCAACAUGUAUAUUACAGAUCAUCGUCGUCAAAAACCUCUAGAAGUUGCAAUUCAGAAUAACAAAGUACAAGCAGCAAUCUUACUUAUCAAAAGAGGAGCUCUUGCAGGCCAAAAUUUAAAUUCAUUGCUGAUUAUGGCUAUUGAAAAAAAUAAUAUUCCAGUAGUGAAGAACUUAAUUGACGUUGGGAUGAGUUACAAUCCAUCUAUCGAUUUAAAAAGUUCUCUGAACGCCGCUAUUUGCCGAGGACAACUAGAAAUAAUGGAAUAUCUCAAGCCUCAUUGUAAAUUUUUGAACCCAUCUGACCACUACAUUCCCAGAGAACUUGUCAUAAAAUCUGGUCUAAACUAUAAGAAGUGCCUUGAAUUAUUGUUGGAAUGGAAUUUUACUGUCAAUCCAAACAACAGUCAGGAUAAAGAUUUUGUCUAUGCAGCUGUGGCAAACGGUUACUUAAAAAUUGUUAAAGAACUUUUAAAAUUCGGAAUAGAUGUAAACAUGAUGAAUUCAAAUACGGGAGUCAGCCUUUUGCAAAUUGCUUGUUAUUAUCAAUAUCAUGAAAUCGUAGAAAAUCUUUUAAAGCAUCAUGCUCAUAUAAAUGUGCCAUCCAUUACUAAUAUUACAGCAAUAAAAAAUUUCUCACGUUAUUAUAAAAGUCAUACGAAUCAUUAUUCGAUGCCAAUUUAUCAAAUAGGCUUGUUACGUGAACUAACAUGUUUACACUUUGCAGUUUUAAAUUCUGAUCCUGUGAUGACCAAACUUCUAUUGAGAUAUGGUGCGAUGAUAGUAGAUGAUCCAAACUUUUUCAAUGUCACCUGUAUUGCUGUAAAAAAUAAUUGCGAAGAAAUUGUUCGCAUAUUUUUGGAAUGCGGUGUUAAUGUAACCAGUAUCAAUUCUGAAGGAAAAUCUCUUCUACACUUUUGUAUUAAUUCUAGUAACAAUAGACAAGAUUCCAGAUAUAGUAUUGCAAAAUUACUUUUAGACCAUGGAGCAAAUAUUCACAUUGGGACUCCAAAUAAUACGCUCAUUUUCGAAACUAUAGCAAAUGGGCAUCAAAAAAUUGCUGAAUUAUUUCUAAAUUAUCAUGUCAAUAUUCAAUAUAUCAGCUCAGAUGGAAAUACUCUACUUCAUAAAGCCAUAGAAAAGAAGUUUGAUGUAGAUUUCAUCAAAAACCUGUUAAAACUUAAUGCACCAGUUAAUUUUAAAAAUAAUGACAUGCUUACACCACUUCUGGUUGCUUGUAAAACUCCAUCAAGUAAUCAGUUUGAAAUCAUCAAAGCUCUUUUACAAAACAAUGCUAAUGUAAAUUGUAUCAUAAAUGUUUUAAGUACACCUAAAAUUCUAUCAGGGUUUGGAAUAGUUGGACAAAAUCUGUAUCAAAUCAUUAAUUUUUCUGAUACAAAUGGUCAAACCCCUCUCCAUAUUGUUUGCAAACAUAAAAGUGAUAUGAUUGUUAAUAUAAUACAACUACUGCUUCAAUAUAAGGCAAAUAUUGAAGCUGAGGAUGCAAGAGGCUGGACUCCUCUUUUUGUAGCUUGUCAUGCAGUCAAUUAUCUUGCAGUUAAAUGUCUUUUGGAUAACAAUGCUAAUGCCAAUCGUACUGACUUACAAAAAAAAACUCCUCUUUACAUUGCUGCACAACAUUGUCGAAAUAAUUCUGAAGUUGUCAAAAUACUUUUAGAACAUAAAGUUAAUGUUCAUUGCAUAGACGAAUGGAAGAAUUCAAUCAUUCAUCUGGUUGUUCAGAAUAGUAAUGCAGAACUUAUUCAUAGUCUUGCUCGUACGCAAGUUAAUUUUAAUGCUGUUAACUGCCAAGGCAAAACUCCUCUCCAUAUUGCUGUAAUGAGAGGAUCUAUUGAUGUGAUUAAAAAUCUAAUUAAAUAUGGUGCUAACGUUAAUAUCUUGGAUGAGAACCGUGAAACGCUUCUCGAGAAUGCAUUAUAUUACAAAUCUGAUCAUCAAAGUCGAUUGGAAGAUUAUCAAGAACGUCAAAGUGAUUAUUGGUAUCAUCAAUAUUCUUCGGAGAAUUCUAAUGAAAAUGGUUACGAUACUGAUGGCUACAUAAAUGAUAUAAAUGAAUAUAAAGCAAUAAUACGAAUUCUAAAACUACAUAUAAUAAAGUUAGAGACUGCAGGAUUGAAAAUGAUGUAGAUGAAUUCAAUGUACUAGAACUUGAAGAACAGUGUGAACUGGAAAUUGAGAAAAUGAG